GUAUUAAUAACUUAAAUAAAAUGAAUUACUUAAUUGUAGCAACCAUUAUUUUAUUAACAGGAGCAGAUAAAACAAUGUGUCCACUUGAGAUAGAUACAUCAGUAUCUUGUACAAAAGAACAUAAACCUGUAUGUGGAUAUUCAGCAGAAGGACUAGUAAUUUUUAAGUUAAAAUUUAGUAAAUUGGAACAUUAUUUAAUGCUUGUUUUGCUUGUAGAGCUGAGAAAGUUAGAUAUUAUGAAAAUGAUGCUUGUAAAGUAUAAAGUUCAGAAACUACAACAAAUACAAGUUCAGAAACCUCUUCAUAAACAACAUCAAAUAGUAAUACAAUAUAUAAAUGUAAUAUUCCAAAAUCAGAUAAUCCAAUAUGUCCUGCUAUGUAUUGAUUAAUAAUAAACUUAGUUUUAAACCUGUUUGUGGAUUAUUUAUAUCAAGCAUCUAAUGUUUUAAGUAACCAUGUGGAAGAACAUUAGGAAAUGAAUGUGAAGCUUGUUCAGAUAAAAAUAUAGAUUCUUAUUUUUAUGGAGAAUGUGAAGAAAUUCCUAAAGAGUAUCUUUUUGAUUUUAAUAAUUUUAGAGAUCCAUAAAACCCACCUGAUGAUAGUAUAACUUAUUGUACAGAACCAAGACCAGAUAUUUGUACUCUCGAAUAUAUAGAAACUUGUGCUUUCCUUUCAACGCCAUGUUUUUCUGAUUCUUGUAUGAAAUCUGUUGGAAACUAAUGUGAUGCAUGUUCUAAUAAGGAUGUAGUUGGAUAUGUCAAAUAAUCAUGUGCAAAAUAUUAGUAUAGAUUUAAUAUUAAUUAAUUAGAUAAACAUAUACAUAAGAUGAAACUAAUAUCAAUUAGAAGGAUCCUAAAUCUAAUUCUUAAAAUGAUGAAUAAGAUUUAGAUCAGAACAACAAUACAUUAUAAUAACAAUGUAGUGUAUUAAAACCGAGUGCUUGUGAUGAUGUUGUAAAGGAAGUUUGUGCAACUUAUAAAUGCAAUGAUUCUACUUGUUAAAAAGAAUAUCAAAAUGAAUGCUAAGCUUGCUUAGAUUCAACAACAAUUUCAUAUAGUUAGGGUAAAUGUUAAACUCUCUCUGGAACCAUCUUGAGUAUCAUGAGUUUAACCUUAUUUAUAUAACUAAUUAUUUGAAAUGAAUAUUCAAUAAAUACAUAUACAGAAUUAAAAAUAUAUGAACAAAUUAUUAUUAAUAUUUAUAACAACA